UCUCUACGUCUCCACGGCUCGACCAGAUUGUCGUCAGUCACCGUCAGACAUGGCUCCGGGGAAGCAACGAGGCAAGGCCAAAGGGGCCCCACCGCCGCCCGCCGCCCCCAACGCCGCCGCCGCCGGAGGCUUCCCGGCCUGCCUCCGCCUGAUGCCGCCCUCCACCGUCGCCAUCUCCAUCCAAGCCAAGCCAGGCUCCAAGCUCGCCACCAUCACCGAGAUCGGCGACGAGGCCGUCGGCGUCCAGAUCGACGCGCCGGCGAGGGACGGGGAGGCCAACGCCGCUCUCGUCGACUUCAUCAGCUCCGUACUUGGAGUUAAGAAAAGAGAAGUUUCUAUUGGUUCUGGCUCAAAAUCGAGGGAAAAGGUUGUGCUGGUGCAAGAUGCGACUCUCCAGGGUGUCUUUGAUGCUCUGAAGAAGGCUUGUGCUUCUGCAUGAUGUAUGUUAAAUGUGCAUAUGUGAAAACUACUCACUUAACUGAAUAGAAAGAGUGUCAACUUAACUAGUGCCCUUUUAUCUGUACAACUCUGUCCUGCAAUGAACCCUGUAAACGGUUAAUUAAUUUGCCUAGCGAGUUUACAAGAUGAAAACUUUGGUCAUCGCAUAUUUUAUCA